UGCAAUAUAUAACUUCUUUGCUCUUCAGCUGCCUCUGUCUCUGCCUGACAGUAGCUCAUCAGCACUUUACGAGUCUCUGUGUUCUCUUCUGUCUGCAAGGGAACAAAGACAAGCAGCCAACAUGACUGAAAACAAAAGGACAUCCAUGAAUCGGAAACACAGCCUGAAGAGCUUAAUGCUUCAGGUUGCAAGAGACUUGUUAGAAGCUGAAGCUGAAUUGAAAGUGCAAGAGAGGAAGAAGUAUAUGGAAGAGCACUGCCCUCCUCUUUGUUUACCCCACAGCAGAGAGGAGUUACAGGCACUAUGCAAAGAUUUACAUGAAAAGAUCAUUGUUAUUGAUGAAGAACGAUACAAUCUGGAGCACAAAGCCAAAAUGGUUGUGGAUGAAGUUAAAGAUUUAAACAUAAAAAUUGUAGACCUCAAAGGCAAGUUCAAAAAACCUCCUCUGAAGAAAGUGCGUAUGUCAGCUGAUGCUAUGCUUCAGGCUUUGCUUGGCUCCAAACACAAGGUCAACUUGGACCUGAGGGCCAACCUGAAACAAGUGAAGAAGGAAGUCAAGGAGGAGGAUAAGGAACUGCGUGAUGUUGGUGACUGGCGUAAGAGUAUUGAAGACAAGGCUGGCAUGGGUGGAAGGAAAAAGAUGUUCGAAACUGAAGCUUGAAUGCAUAGACCAGACAUGUCUUAGUGAAAAAGUAUAAAAGUACUUAGGAUAAAAGUUCACAGUUUGCCAGUUGUAAUGCUGACUCUAUAUAUUUACACUAUUCACAAGUCAACUAUUAAAUUCUUUUUUUUUUUUUUUUUUAAAUCAAGAAACUGUUCUAAUUCUAUAACCAGCAUUGUGCCUUUGUAAAUGUGCACAGAGAUGAUGUUUACCAAAUAAAUGCAUCACGUUGAUG